AUGACAUCCGACAAGACCUUGAUUUGCAAGUUCUGGCUUAAGAACCGGUGUCAGCGUGGCGAUUGCAAGUAUGCACACGGUGAGGAAGAAAAGAGACUAGCGUGCAAAGCGCUGUUAUGCCAAUUUCAUGCAAGUGGGUACUGCCGCUUGGGGCAAGACUGCUUAUACAGGCACACCGUGGAAGAGGAGGCUGCUGGGGAUCCCAAUUGCAGCGGUGAUGAAAAAGAGCUUGGGAGCGGCUGCGAGGGGAAGAGCGCCGCUUCCACGACCGCCUCAGAAGCUGACACGCCAUCGUUGGGACCAGCAGCUCCACCUCUCGACUACAGCAAUUACAAGCGUGACUGGCAGCUCGGAAGGUAUGACAAGACCCAGCCAUGCAAGUUCUGGCAGGAAGGCCGUUGCCAGCGUGGCCAGGGGUGCAGGUAUGCACACGGAGAUGAAGAGCUUCGGCAAGCUUGCGGAGCCAUUCUGUGCAAGCACCUGCAACGUCGUGGGAGAUGUCACCUCGGAGAUGCAUGCUGGUUUUCCCACACUGAGCCCUUGUCGGAUGGAGAGCCCGCUGCCGGUCGGAGUGGGCCAUGCAGCAAUUCAGCACCUUCAGGCUCUUCUCAGGAUCCUGAAAGUCCUCGUCGUUCAGGGCGUGACAAAACUCUGCUCUGCAAGUUCUGGUUGAAGAAUCGCUGCGAUCGGAGCAACUGCAAGUAUGCGCACGGAGAGGAGGAGAAGAGACGAGCCUGCAAAGCCAUCAUGUGCUUGUUCGAGGCCAGCGGUGGUUGCCGGCUAGGUUCCGAAUGCCUCUAUGCGCAUUCCUGGGAGCGUCCCAGAGAGGUCGAGGAGGAGAGCCGAGGUGAGGAAAGCGAGAGCGAGGUUGAUGACCGUGGGGGACAUGUAACAAUGGCCGUCCAAAGCGAGUCCGGUACCGCCUGGCACCAGGCUGCGGAGUCCAUGCCAAUAGAAGCGCAGCGCUCCGCCUGCCGGAGAGCUAACAGCCGGCAGCGUUUAGAGACCGCUGGCCGGCAGCUUGAAGCAGACCCUUUGAAAUCUGCAGAGAUUCCUUCGCCUCCAGCCUUGUGGGACCCCAGGAUAGGCGGACUCGGCAGGAUGAAAGCCUCUCGCCAAAGCUGGGCAGACCUCAAUUCGGAUUCGGAGGAUGAGGAUUCCCCAUGA